UAUUUCGUUCGCAAUAAAAAGAAUUCUUUAGCAUAUGAAUGAUUUAUGACGUAUCUUUCGAAGUAUUGAUACUUUUAUGUGAAAUUAUUGAUUUUUCGAAAGUCUAUAGUCGUUUAAUAGUUAUUGAAACUUAAACAAUUAUUAUUAGAAGCGUAGAGUAAAUCAUGUCUCAACUAGAUUUAGAUCCACAAUUUACACAAGGUCUGCGUCUUCUACAUUCGACAAAUAAAGAUUCUGUAGAACAAUUGCGUGCCCUUUUGGAUGAGGCUAUCAGGCAAAAACAUGGGUCUACGAAAAUGCUUUGCAAUGUUUUGCACAAAAAGUACACGUUGGAGGAGCCUGUAUUAAGUGACCACAGUAGCAAUGGUAGCAAGAAAAGUAAAAGUUCAAGUUCUUCGUCCAAACAAUCAAGCAAAUCUAGCAAAAAUAGUUCACCAGUUAAUUUACCAACUCGGGAUACACCACCGGAUGUUCUACAGUCAGAUGAUACAUUAGCUUUAGAAAUUUUGGAAGAUGACUUGACAUGUGUCAUUUGUAAAGGAAUGGACGUUGGAGCAAGAAACAGACUUGUUGAGUGUGUCGAAUGCCAUGCAUUGUAUCAUCAAGAGUGUCAUACUCCACAUAUUCAAGAUUCUCAAAUAGAUGUUCCUAAAUUAGUGUGGUAUUGCUCAAACUGCUCAAAAUCACAACAGGCUGCCAAUGAGAGGGCCUCACCGAAACCUGUAACUGAAAACAAACCUAAGGAACAAAAAAAAUCAACCAGUUCUAGCUCAAAGCACAAUGAUAAGUACAAGUCAUCAUCAAGUAGCGUAAAUCAAUCUCAGUCCAAUAAUGGCAGUAGUUCCACGGCAAAUGUAAGUACGGGACCAAAAGUUACACCAAACAUUCAUAUCAUCAGUGCUGAUAAGAGAUUGAAGGACAUGAUGAAGAAGGCUAAACAGGAUAAACGUAGCACAGGUAAUACGGCUAACGGUACGAGUAAGCAUUCGUCAUCAAAUUCAUCAGUUUCUUCAACAACAAAAAACACUCAAGAAAAAUCACUCCUAUAUAAAAUGAAACCAGGUUCCGAAUAAAAUCCUGAAGUUCUCCCACUAGGUCAUUGACAUUUCUUAUACUGUUUUCUAACACUUGUGCAUGUAUAUUUUUGCAUUUUAUAGCAAACUUUGCCUUUUGACAUAAAGUAAAACUGCAUAAUAACAUAGAGUUCAGUUUAUCGUGUCAUUAAUAAAACGGAACUGUGCUAUUUAGAAAUACUUUCACAACAGACGGAAAUUGAGAGACCGUAAGCGAAUUUCAUGUGUACUAUAUACUAUAUUGUAUUAUAUAUAACACGUUUUAUACAUUAUUACAAAGUCUCCCAUUGUACAGAAUUGAUAUUAUUAGUAGGUUUACUCUGUAACGCGUUAUCCAGAACGGCGUUCAUCGUAAUGUAAAGAUUGAAGCUAGAAAACUGAAAAUAUCAAUCAUUAAAAUAGGUAUGCACUUUAGCAUUCCGUGUCGCCAUAUAACAUACCGAUGACACUUAGUAUUCUGAUACUUAUGACAAUUUUGUUUUCUCUUUUUUAAUGUAAAACGAUUGAUAUAGCUAAUAAUUUUUUAUAAAAGAAAAAGCAACCGAACUAAAAAUCUAUAACCUGAAUAAUGAUCAAACAUUAUUACCAAUUAUUAAAUGACAUAUUACUCGCUGUAUUAUGUAAUAUUCUCAUUAUUUUAGUAAUAAAGUAAACGUGAAAAAUAUUCUAUGUACUCAAUCAUUCACUAAA